GAACUUGUCGUGAAAUUAAGGUCAAAGUUAUUGAACCUGGCCAAUAUUAUCAUUUUGGUGUAGAAAAUUGUAUAAAGUAUCUUGUACGUUAUUCAAAUGACUUUCCAAAAAGUACUGAAAUAGAACUUGCAAUUAAUAUAGAUGGUUUGCCCUUAGCAAAGAGUUCUGGAAGUCAAGUUUAUCCUAUUUUAUGUCGGCUUAUUAAAGUUAAUAGUAAUGUUGAUAUGAUUGGCAUAUAUCAUGGCUAUGCAAAGCCUAAAGAAGCUAACUGUUACCUAAAGGAUUUUGUAGAGGAUAUUACAAAAGUUAUUAAUACUGGAACUAUUAUCGAUAAUAAACAUUAUUCUGUAAAAAUAUCUUAUUUUAUAUGUGACGCAGUAGCAAAAGCUUAUAUUACCUAUACUGUUGGUCAUAUGGGUUAUUAUUCAUGUACUAAAUGCCAUGAGGAAGGAACUUACAUCAAUAAUCGUGUCUGCUUUCCUAAUACAAAUCAUUUAAAAUUAAGAACUGAUAUUGAUUAUAGAUUAAAAGCUCAAGAAGAUCAUCAUAUUGGUACUAGUCUGUUAGAACAGAUUCCUAAUCUUGAUAUGAUUAAAUCUUUUCCUUUGGAUCCCAUGCAUUUGAUAUAUCUUGGAGUUGUAAAAAAAUUAAUAGUAAAUUUAUGGUGCUUUGGAAAACCUCCGAUUAUCCCAAUAACUGCUGUACUUUUCACAAUGGAGAUAUAA